AUGUUGCCAUGCGCUGCACCACUGCAGUCGCUUCAGGAGAUGCCUGGUGGCCCUGCUUUGCUAUACAAGGCGAUGCCCCCUGCGCCUGGUUUCCCAGCUUCAAUAGCUGCACCUUCAACAGGCCAAAGCGGACUGAUCAACACGAUGACAUUGCCGGAGUAUCGACGCCGCAUCGUGGAAAUUUACGCGGUGCACAAGCCAGACAAUGUGCACAAAGUUGAUUAUUUGUUGGAGAAGUACCGCGGAGACGAAGAGUUCUUGUAUCGGAGUAUUUGCGAGAAGUACAGCGUGGACACAUCGCAGUGGUCCAAUCCAGCUCCGAGCUCCUUGAGCGCUGUGGCGCCCCCGCCACCACCGCCGCCGCCUCCGGCUUCGGGGCCCGGUGCUGCGCGGCCACCACCCUGGGCAGUUCAAAGCCAAACUGCCGCGUGGUCUGCCGCACAAACCAAAGCCAGAAGUGCGCUUGUCGCUGUGUCAAAGCAUGGCCCUCCAGUAACCCAGUUUGGGGCUGGUGGGGCUUCGCAUCAGGGCCAUCCCAGCCCGACGCGUGCAGGCGUUGGCUUCACGCAGCCGCCUCCUGCUCAGGCGCCGAUUCGCCAGAAGCACCAAGUUAUGGAAUGGGACCCGGCUACUGGAGAAAUGGUGGCCACAACAGUCGACAUUGAGAUGGGAGAAGCGCAGGUGCCAAACGAGAAGGCGGAGUCGAGCACAGUUCCGGAAGCACCUAUGACCCCCGCACCUGCACCGGAGCCUGCGAGCCUGGCACCUGCGCCUGCACCGCCUGCACCAGAUGUUCCACAGGUUGAGCAGGAGAGCUACGAUCCUUUCAGUGCUCCAAGCACUCAGCCCCGCGAGCUCGACAUGGUGGAAAUCGACUAUCUCCUUCUGGGAGGACGGAGUGGUUUCUUCGAAGAAGUCUACACAGGUGCUCCCAAGGUGAUGAUCAAGCAUCCCCCUCCAGAGGCUGAGAUGUCCGAAGCUCCAGCGGCGCUCAGCCGUGAUGGUCCGAGCGAGGUGAUGCUGCCAGCAGGGGAGCCACCUGGCGAUGACAACCAGACAGAUCGCCCACAGGACACGCCGAUGCUGCCCGGCGACGGAGACGACGCUGGUCAAGCGGCUUCCUUCGAUCCCUAUCUGAUGGCUCCGGCCGGAGACUCGACCCGCGUUCUUUGCACAGAUGGGCUGCCGUACAAAGCCCGCCUAGGAGAACUGGUCUUGAAUCGACGAGAAAACGCGAACAAUCUAUGUGACCUUUUUGGCUCAAGACGGGCUCGCGGUGUCCACCCGAACCUGACCCCGCUGUUUAAUGUGAAGGCGACUUUCGAUCGCAAGAACAUCGACAAGCUCAAGGGGCUUUCGGCCACCCUGGACAACGAAACCAACCAGAUCGUUUUGGUGAAUGCCGUGGAGGAUCAAGCAGUGUCUUGGGCCCGACUCGCCGAUCGAUUGAGCGAAACCGGCUGGAUGGAGCUGCAUGUCAGCACUCCCAAAGGUGCUUUCUUUUCCAAUGAUCUGAAAAUGUACAGCGCAGGGAUUGUGGAAGGCUACCUCACGGCGGAACGCAUGUCCCAGUUUUACAGCAAUUUCUAUCCUUUGUUACAGCCGAAUGAGGAUACCACUCUUGCCAUGAUGAACAUCAGGAACUCUUUCAAUCAGCAGAUUCAGCACAUUAUGCGCAUGUGCCACCUGGCCGCCGGCACGGCUGAGGGAGAGCCGGCCGAUCCAUACUGGAAGCACGUGAGGUAUCUUUUUCUGCAGAUGUGGGGUUUGAAGGAUGCCUACAACCUCGUUGCGGGAGAGAAGGGCGUGCGGACAAUAGACAUGGUCGAUCUGCUUUUCAUCAAUUCCCAUGCCGAGCUCCCUGAGCUCAUUGAGGCUUUCCGGCCGCAAGCGGUGGCCGAGAGAAGUGGCGCUGCAAGCUCCGAUGAUGCUCUCGACGUGCAGAACUUUACAGCAGGAUCGCUACUGGAAGCCCAUGUGUCACAGGCUGAUGCUCUAACGAUCGAUUCCGACUGGAAGCUCCGAUUGGCAAAGCAUGGCCACUGCACAGCCCUCGUGCGCCUGGCCCCUGCAAAUUCGGAUCUUUUCAUUGGACACACCACCUGGGGCGACUACAGCAAAAUGAGUAGAGUGUACAAGUACUACCGGUUUGAUCUGCCUUUGUCAUUUCAGUCGCACGAGAUGAUGGGUUUCAGUUCAUAUCCUGGAUGCGUCAGCAGCACCGAUGAUUUUUAUAUGAUGGACAACGGCCUUGCAGUGAUGGAUACCACGCUGGAGGUCCUUAACCAGAAGUUGUACAGCCGGGUCAUGGAUGACCCUGACAGGCCCAGGCUACCCAAAUUUCUACAUGUCAUGGCUGUGAAUCGCGUGGCCAAGACAGGCACGCAGUGGACGUCGAUGAUGGCAGAGGAGAACACAGGCACCGGGAACUCGCAAUGGAUUGUGGUGGACUACAACAGGUUUACUCCUGGACAACCUUUGCAGCAAAAUACGCUCCGGAUUCUGGAGCAAGUUCCUGGCAUGACGCAUCAGGCGGACAUUACCACAGAGCUCACUUCACGCGGCUAUUGGGGUGCCUUUAACCGUCCAUUCUUUGAGGACAUCAGACGGAUGUCUGGACACAAGAUCGCUGAGGAGUCUUACGGCAAGCUGUUCUCCUUCGAAGACUCACCGCGAGCAUCUCUGCUCCGCCGUUUUGGAUCUGGAGUGAGUCAAUUGGGCGACAUGCGUUCAACCAUGACGCGCAACGAUCCGAAGGAUGCAGUUCCAGGAUUCCCUGCCGGGCCAGGGCAUGCCAUCAUGGCCCGGCUGGAUUUGGACGCGAUGGCGAACAAUAUCCCGAAUGGAGGAAUUGAUGCGAAGGUCACAAGUGCUUGCUUGUUCAAGCGGAUGGCUUGUCAGGCCAUGAGCGGACCAUCGCACGGAAGCUACCCUGCAUUCCGAUGGACACGCAAGGCGACAGACGCAGCUCCUUCAGCUGAAAUGUUCCAGGGCUGGCCGCACUUGGGGUUGCCAGAUGUCUGGGAUUUCGAUUUCGUCGAGAUGAGCUCUGACGAGGACAAGCUGGCAAACUCCCAGCUGAGUGACAGCGACUUCGAUCAAACUGCACGCAGCACAGCGCAAGACCAGAGGCUGUUGGCUGUGGACCUGCCACUGAUCAAUGAAGGUCGUCUGCCACUCGGGGCCUUCGUCGAAGUCGACGGCUGCCAGGUCUGGUCCUCCACAAGGCUGCAGCUUCACUCACAGCCCACGCUUGAGGCCACCUGGGAUGAGGCAAUCUUAGGCAGCUCCUCGCUGCAGCUGACGUCAAACUUCGGCCGGGCUCGUGCAGUGACGGCCGUCGUGGGCGCGGCAGCCGCCUGCGGCCAUGGCUUCGGCUGCUUGAUAGGCGGCCUGCUGCACGAAGCCGCCCGACACCUGGGAGAAGCAGGGUCUUCUGUGAAGAGUCCAUCGAUUCAUGGGCCUCGGCCUUGUCGCAAGACAGGUCGGGUCCAAGGCAUCACAGCCGCCAUGUCGAAGCUUAACAUCGACAACCUCAAGAAGGGCAUUGCCGGAAUCCUCGAAGGCAGCAAGGAGAAGCAGCGAAAGUUCCUUGAAACUGUUGAGCUGCAGAUCGGCCUCAAGGACUACGACACCCAGCGCGACAAGCGUUUCGCAGGCACCAUCAAGCUUCCGCACGUUCCCCGUCCACGCUUGAAGGUGUGCGUUCUGGGAGAUGCCGUUCACUGCGAGCAGGCCCAGCGGGCUAACAUUCCCUUCAAGAGCGUGGAGGACCUGAAGAAGCUGAACAAGAACAAGAAGAUGGUUAAGAAGUUGGCCGACAGCUUCGAUGCCUUCCUCGCAUCUCAGGUCUUGAUCCCGCAGAUCCCGCGAUUGCUGGGACCCGGCUUGAACAAGGCCGGCAAGUUCCCGACUCUGGUGCAGCAUUCGGACAACUUGGAGACCAAGGUGACCGAAGUCCGAAGCCAGGUGAAGUUCCAGCUGAAGAAGGUGCUCUGCAUGGGCGUUGCCGUGGGCAACGUUGCUAUGACACCAGAUGAGCUGAGGCAGAAUUGCCUCAUGGCGAUCAAUUUCUUGGUGUCCCUGCUGAAAAAGAACUGGAACAAUGCGCUGCUCUUCGGCCCGGCCGCCAUGGACGCUGCCGGCACCGGUGUGCAAUCGCAGAUUGGAGGCAGCCAGUUUGAUGUCAGCCUUCAGGACAUGGUGAGAUGUCUACGGGCUUCGGAUGCCACCAUAUUCUGGCAGAAGAUAACGCGUCUAGUGAGUAGGCUUUCCCUGGCCGCCAGUUCCACGUCCGCCUGCAUAAGUCAUCGGCUCCGUCGAGGGCCUACGGACGGAAAGUUGAUCAUAAUUUUUACAUAG